AUGUCUUUGUUAAAGUCAUCAUCAUUAGUACCACGCUUAUUGAAGCUAGCACCUAAACAAGCUGGUCUUAUAAGACCUAAUUAUCGCUGCUUUUCCCAGUUUACUAAAUUAUACAAUGAACGAGUUCCACCAAGUCAAUCACCACCCCUAAAGAAAAAACCAUUGAGUCGUAUACCGAUUGGUGGUAGUGAAACCGCGCCUCAGACUACAUCUGAUGGGUCUAUUGAGUUUUCCACUUGGAAGGCCGCUUCACUUUUCCUGAUUGUUGGCGGUGGGUUAUACUAUUAUUUCACCAAGGAGAAAAGACGUUUAGAGAUUGAAAAGGAAGCAGAAGCUAAUAGAGGUUAUGGUAAACCCAUGGUUGGAGGGCCAUUCCAUUUGAAAGAUUGUGAAGGUAAUGUGUUUUCAGAUAAAGAUUUACUAGGCAAAUUUUCCAUUAUUUACUUUGGAUUUACUCAUUGUCCUGAUAUUUGCCCCGAUGAAUUGGACAAGUUGGGAGUUUGGUUGGACAAAUUAAAAUCAAAGUAUGGGAGCAAGGUUCAGCCAAUCUUUGUCACUUGUGAUCCAAAUAGAGAUACCCCAGAGGUUCUAACGCAGUAUUUACAGGAUUUUCAUCCCGAUAUUAUUGGACUCACAGGUACUUAUGACCAGGUUAAAAAUGCUUGCAAGCAAUAUCGUGUCUAUUUCUCUACACCACCUCAAGUCCAACCGGGUCAAGAUUACUUAGUUGAUCAUUCCAUCUUCUUCUAUUUGAUGGACCCUGAGGGCAAUUUCAUAGAAGCCAUGGGUCGUAACUACGAUAACGAAACCGGUGCGGAGAGAAUUCAAGAACACAUAAAGACAUUUAUCCCCAAGGAGGAACGUGAGAAGAGGAAGCAAAAAUGGUAUUCAUUUUUGUUUUAA